AUGGAUCUGACUAAGAUGGGGCUGAUCCAGCUGCAGAACCCCUGCCACCCCACCGGGCUGCUGCACAAAGCCAACCAGAUGCGCCUGGCGGGGACGCUGUGCGACGUGGUCAUCAUGGUGGACAGCCAGGAGUUCCACGCGCACCGGACCGUGCUGGCCUGCACCAGCAAGAUGUUCGAGAUCCUCUUCCACCGCAACAGCCAGCACUACACCCUGGACUUCCUCUCGCCAAAGACGUUCCAGCAGAUCCUGGAGUACGCGUACACUGCCACCCUACAAGCCAAGGUUGAGGACCUGGAUGACCUGCUCUAUGCUGCCGAGAUCCUGGAAAUUGAGUACCUGGAGGAGCAGUGCCUGAAGAUCCUGGAGACUAUACAGGCCUCCGAGGACAAUGACACCGAGGUCGCCAUGGCUGACGGAGGUGCCGCCGCCACCACUGAGGAGGAGGAGGAGAAGAAGUCGAGGUACAUCAAGGGCCUCUUCAUCUCCAAGCCCACUGGUGAGGAGGGUGGCUAUGCUGGCAUGGCCAGCCAGAGUCUGCUGGCAGCCACAGUGGAGCAGAGCCCCUCUGCCUCCGCAUCCUACUGCUCCCUCUCUUCCAUGAGCCCCACCAAGGCGGCGGUGGACAGCUUGAUGACCAUCGGGCAGUCACUGCUGCAGAGCGCCCUGCCGCCCAGCGCCCCCGAGGACUCACGCUCUGCCACCACCCGCCGCCCCUCUGGCCUCGCCGAAGUCAAAACUGAAGCGAUGCAGGUGGAUGAGGCCUCCAGCCAUGACAGCCCCCGGACAGCCGAGCCCGGUGCCUCCAGUGGGGAGAAGCCUGACGAGAAGGGCAAGGAAGGACCUGGCACCCCGACCCGCAGCAGUGUCAUCACCAGUGCCCGUGAACUGCACUACACCCGUGAGGAGGGUGCCGAGCCACCCCCUGAGCCUGGCCAGGGGCUGCCGCUGGGGCCGGAGCCAUGCGCCGCUGCCCCAGGAGAGAAGCCCUUGGGCAUCUACUCGCUGCUGCCGAACCACAAGACUGAGCCGGUGCUCGGCGUGCCGCCCACUGCGGCGUCCGCCCUGCACGUGCAGCCGGCCCUGGCUGUCUCCAUGGACUUCAGCGCCUAUGGUGGGCUGCUGCCCCAGGGCUUCAUCCAGCGGGAGCUGUUCAGCAAGCUUGGGGAGCUGGCAGCCGGCAUGAAGACAGAGAGCAGAGCCCUGGGUGAGCAGUGCAGCGUGUGUGGGGCAGAGCUGCCGGACAACGAGACCCUCGAGCAGCACAGGAAGCUGCACAGUGGGAUGAAGACGUACGGAUGCGAGCUGUGCGGGAAGCGGUUCCUGGACAGCUUGCGGCUGCGAAUGCACUUACUGGCUCACUCAGCGGGUGCCAAGGCCCUGGUCUGCGAUCAGUGUGGCGCCCAGUUCUCGAAGGAAGAUGCCCUGGAGACGCACCGGCAGACGCACACCGGUACAGACAUGGCCGUUUUCUGCCUGCUGUGCGGCAAGCGGUUCCAGACGCAGAGCGCCCUGCAGCAGCACAUGGAGGUGCACGCCGGGGUGCGCAGCUACAUCUGCAGCGAGUGCAACCGCACCUUCCCCAGCCACACCGCGCUCAAGAGGCACCUGCGCUCCCACACAGGUGACCACCCCUACGAGUGCGAGUUCUGCGGCAGCUGCUUCCGGGACGAGAGCACGCUGAAGGGCCACAAGCGCAUCCACACCGGGGAGAAGCCCUACGAGUGCAACGGCUGUGGCAAGAAGUUCAGCCUCAAGCACCAGCUGGAGACCCACUACCGAGUCCACACAGGUGAGAAGCCCUUCGAGUGCAAGCUGUGCCACCAGCGCUCCCGGGACUACUCGGCCAUGAUCAAACACCUUCGGACCCACAAUGGCGCUUCCCCUUACCAGUGCACCAUCUGCCUGGAGUACUGCCCCAGCCUCUCCGCCAUGCAGAAGCACAUGAAGGGCCACAAACCAGAGGAGAUCCCCACUGACUGGCGGAUAGAGAAGACCUAUCUCUACCUCUGCUAUGUCUAAGGGAGGAGGCAGAGGGGCAGCAGGGCCAAGUGGCAGAUGACUGGGCAAAAAAAAUCCCACCAAACCCGCAGCAUCCAUGGCCUUGUUUGUUUUCAGUUCUCAUUCGUUUCUUCUCGCCGGAAGGAUCCUGCAGCUCAUGCCGGACCGAGGGACGCACCGGCCCCUUCUCCAGCCCCAUCCACACUGCUGUCCCAGCUGCUCAUGCGCCUGCUGCCCUUUCACCCUUGCUGCAGGGCAGAUUUCACCCUUUGCAACCCCCAGCCAGGCCCCCCUUGGCAUUGGCCACUGGUGCUGCUGGGAAGACCAUGUAGGAAAGAGGCGCUUCCCUGAAAGUGUGUGUACAGCUAGUGCUCUGGGAAGGCUUUAAUUCCUGGUGUCCUGUCACUGCAUAGACCCUGCUGUGGAUGCUCUGCAGAGGACCUGAGCUCCCAUGUGGGGCUUGGGCCCCAUUCUGGCAGGUUCUCAUGCUCCCCAGGCUGCAG